AUGGCCUCUGAAAUAGCUUCGCCGGCCUCGCCGGCCUCGACGACAGCAGCUGCCGUGUCCGACCCCCUUGGCUUCAUGGAAAAGCUGUCAGAUAUUGUGCAUCUUUAUCGUCCACCUGUCGCUGCAUCUUCCAUCACUACUGGUGCUCCGGCGCUCGUCAUUGUCUGCUCCUGGAUGGAUGCCCAGCCACUCCACAUCGCCAAGUAUCUGGCGCCAUAUCGUGACGGUCUUGUCUUUCCUGGCGCCAAUCCGCCUACAUUGCUAUUGAUUCGGAGCAACAGAGCCCUGGUCUUUACGCGGGCCCGAGGCGCAGCUGCUGUGAAGCCGGCAGUUUCAGUGGUGCAGGGAUUUCUGCCAGAGCUGCAGCAAAGCCAAAGUGAGGAUCAACCUCCCCGACUUCUCGUGCACCUCUUUUCCAACGGCGGAGGUAUCAUGUUGAACCACCUCUACAAUGCGCUGGCCGCUGGCGGUGAUGUGUACCUACCUCGCCACGUCACCAUAUUCGACUCCUGUCCGGGCCAUUUCCGUUACAACGUCGCCGUGGGUACCAUGACCGUUGGGCUGUGGCGCCGGCCGCUGCUCGUGCGGCUCGCCACGCUGUCAGUGGUACAUACUCUCGUGUCCGCCUUCUGGCUGCGCACAAAGUUGUGGACAUUGGCUAUCCGUCUGUCCCGGUGGCCGAGGAGCGGCGGCAGCAAUAACGAACCCAACCAGAUCGCCGAGACCGUCUUGGAUGAUGCAUGGAUUCCGCAAAACAGGAAGAACGGACCCAACAGGAACGAAGUGAGCCGCGUGUAUCUGUAUUCUAUCGAGGACCAGCUCGUGUCGGCCGAGGAUGUAGAGGAGCACGCGGCCGAGGCAAGGGCACAAGGCUUCACGGUGACACGAAUGGUGCUGUUUCCAGAGAGCGGACAUGUGACCCAUGCCAGGACGGAUCCAGAAAGAUACUGGCGAGCGGUGCAGGAGGCAUGGUCGGGGAAAACCGAUAGACGCGUGACUUGA